AUGGAUUCUGAAAAGGUGUUAAGAAUCAGGACUCAUCAACCUUGUGCCGCAUGUAAGAUGCUACGUCGGAGAUGUGACAACAAUUGCACUCUUGCACCAUAUUUUCCAACCGAUGAGAUAGAAAAGUUUGCCUGUGUGCACAAAGUUUUUGGCGCUAGCAAUGUCAUUAAAAUGAUUCAGAUGGUUGAGGAGAUAAAGAGAGAAGAUGCCGUCAAAGCACUAGUUUACGAAGCAAAAGCAAGGCUUAGAGACCCUGUUUAUGGCAGUGCCGGGGCUACCUCUCACUUGUAUAAGAUGGUUCAGGAUCUGAAAGUUGAGUUGGAAUCAAUGCAAACUCAAAUUGUGGCGUUGCAAGAACAAAGAAAUCAGUUAUUAAGUAUUCUUAUGAAUGUUCAUCACCAGGAUCCUGUCUACUCCAUAAAUGACUCCACAAUUGACUGUGGCAAUUUCUCAGUAGAUGAUGGAUCUCUGGCCUAUGAUCCUGUCAACUUUCCUGUGGCAUGUGACAGGAUUUUGUAAGGGGAUUCUAAUUCUCUCCAGUAUUUUAUGAGGUGAAUUACCAGAGUUGUUGCUUUAAAAAGGUAGAGAUGAUUUAGUAAGAAAGUACCCAUGGAAGUAUACUGGUUUAAUUUGAAGAAAUGUUCUACAGUAGAAUCAAAAUUUGGACUUUGUAAUGUGUUCUUGUAUAGCUAUUAACUAUUGACUCCUUUUAUCAGUUUACCACAGUUACAGAUUUCUUAUAAUUAAGAUGACUUUUUUAA